AUUAAAGCAGCAUCGCGAAGCGUGAUAUCACUCAUAAUACGGUCAUGUUGAAGCAAUUUUCUUCCUUUUUUUCGCGCGAGAAAUCUCUGACCUUUUUUCUUCUUUGCUUGGCAUUUUCUUCGUCUGGAAGCCUUCGUCAUAUCCAAAUAUUUGAGGAUUUCAAAGAAAUACGAUUUAAUGACGACCAUUACAAAGAACAUGGUAUCGAUGCGGACUACAAAUGCGUGGCUCAAGUCUAAUUAUGAUAAACUGAUCGCCAAAGAAGCAAGGCGAUCAAUGUAGGAGCUUCUACCAAAUCGAGCCAAGUUCCAAGACGAACUGCACAUUUUAACGAGAUUGAGUAGGACAUGGGCAAGUUUACAGGCAACAGGCAAGCCGAUGUUCAUACUGAACAAUCCUUGGUCGACACAGCGCAUGCGGCGCAUCGGUAUGCAAUUACCCAUGCAACCAGUGUUCCAAGGCUACGCACAGAGACAUUGCAGCCAUGCCGAUGUGCUUGUACAGUUAACUACAUGCGCAACAUGAGAACCAUUACAGGGACAUGGAAAUGCAGGGCGCUAAGACUCUGAAGAGAGAUUGAGAUGCAUGGUGCACGGACAAGGAUGGCUGCUACCACCCGCUGAGAUGGGUACAGUUCAAAACUACUUUGUAUUAUUAUUUGAGCUUGAUGUUAGGCUGUGUGCAAGAACGCAUAGCAUCCUACGAGUACUAACGAAGAUAUGAAAUGAAGCAUCAUCAGAACCCG